GCCAGCAAUGAAACACCAAUAAGAGGCACCCUACCCAAUUACCUGAGGUCCUUCUAUGUUACUAGGUGACGUCACCGGAAUUGGGAACAUCUAUGUUCCGGGGGAUCCCCCUGUCACGGCCACAGCCAAGAGUUUCCAUGCCUCUUAGCACUCUCGUUGCCGCUGUUUUUCAGCCCUGCCCUCGGACAACCGUAGGUAGUCCGCGAUAAGGACCAACCGCGGACUGGACAUCGAACCGGCGCCAUGUCUGUGGUUGAUAUCGGUCUACUGACAGGCCUUCAGCACGCCAGACACACCAUCACACUUUCCGAUGGGAGGCGGCUGGUUCUUUUCCGCCUGCCGAAGAUCGCCCCCCCGGACGCGGCAGCGUUGCCAACCCCACAAACGCUGGAGUCAUGGAUUUACUACGCUAUGGAGGCCGACUGCCCUCACGCGGGCGGCCCUAUGGCCGAGGCCCACGUAGAUAUCGAAGACUCCUCGUACAUUGCCUCCUGCCCGUGGCAUGCCUAUGAUUUCAACCUCGAGACCGGUGAGUGCAAUUACGGCAUCAGGGCGUGCACUUUUCCGGUUACCGUCCAGGAUGGGAGGGCGAGCAUCUACGUCGCAGAGACCGAGAAUUUGCAACUCGCCAAGAUAGACCCCGUCAGCGAGAGGGUGAAAUUCAGGCAUGGUCCUAAAAUAGAUAUCUCAGGGCCCCCACCCUAUCUAGGCGAAGAUGCUACUCUGAGCGAAUGGUGUGUGCGCAUCUUGAAUACAUCCAAUCCCGAGCACAAGAUCGAACUCACCACCCGUCUCUUCUCCCUCUUCGCGACCCGUGAACAGUCCCCUUCGCCUAUGCAAGUCGGGGUUGGUACCCCUCCCCUGGAACCGCCAAGGGAGAACCUGACCCAGGUGAAACCGGGGCAGAUGCCCAGGGCGGGCAAGGGAGGUAGCCUAAAAAGCAGGAUUGCCAUGCUCCACGCGCUGGCCAACAUCGAGCAGUGGGCUAUCGACCUGGCUAUUGAUAUAAUAGUCCGGUUCGCCCCAUUUCAACCCGACGCCCGGGGCAAGGAGGAUCGCGUGCAGCGGCUUCCGCGGGCAUUUUUCUAUGACUGGCUCAAGGUGGCAAACGAUGAAGCGAAACACUUCUCGCUCCUCCGGUCGAGAUUGGAGGAGCUGGGAAGUCGAUUUGGGGCGUUGCCGGUGCAUCACGGCCUGUGGGAAUCGGCAGUGAGGACGGCACACGACCUGCGCGCCAGAAUCAGCGUCAUCGCACUCGUCCACGAGGCCCGAGGACUCGAUGUCAACCCGCUGACGAUCGAGAAAUUCCGGAAUGCCGGCGACGGCGAGAGCGUCGACGCGUUGGGUGUCAUCCACAGCGACGAGAUUACCCACGUCACCACCGGACACAGAUGGUUAGUAUGGAUCUGUCAGCAAGAAGGCACGGAUCCCGUCCAAGUAUUCCGCAGCAACGUACAGCAGCACUUUCGAGGCGCGGUCAAGGGGCCCUUUAACGCCGAGGCCCGACGGCAAGCUGGUAUGGACAAGAGCUACUACGAGAACCUCCACGGACAACCGUGGGAGGGUGGGGUCAUCGCCGGCGGAUGAGGCCCACUUCGGCAGGCUCUAGACUCCCGAGGAUCUCUGCGAGUUUGUCGGGGACUUUCAGGCCCUCCUAACUACGCGCUAGUGCUAGCGACGGUCUCGAAACUCACGCAGCCUAGCGUUUGAGAUAUUUUCUCAGGGUAUAUCCAGUUUCCUGUUGUACCGAUGGAAAUGAACCGCGAAGUGCACAUUUCGUAGACGAGAGUCAUAGCACGCCCGAACCAUUAGGACCAUGCCCUGACAGGUACCUACGAAGAGAAGCGUAGAGGUAGCAGCAGAUCCAGAAUCUUGGUUAGAGUCAGGCUUGUGUACUCAUAUAUUCGACUCUCGCACCUACGGACUUAUGAAAGUUGUGUAAAUGCCCAAUCCUCCCGCAUCGGAAAGAGGGGUAGGAUGCUUAGUAACUCCGCCCCGACCUCUUCGUCCUUCG